CAACUUCUCUUUGUGUAGAUCGAAGUCCCAUAACCUCUCUGCUGCUUCUGCUGCCUGAGCAGAAGGUGAGUAAGCAACACAGCUCAUUGGUGGAGCUCUUCUCGUGCUGUUUUUGUAUCACUUUGAACCCGAUAUAUAACCUCUUCCUUCCUUUCCGAUCUUUCUCAUUUCCUUCCUCCAUCUCAUCGACUCUCAACGCUGCGAUUCUUCUCCAAUGGCUCCAGUUGGCUCUUCGUUGCAAUCAAUAACAGAAACUCUAGCCAAAAGACAUGGUGGGCAUCAUCAUGCCAAUGUCAAAUACGGUUACAUGAUAUUUGCAGCUUCAAUCUUCUACACUGUGCUUUUAUUUCUCGUGAAUUUCUUAUAUGUGAGAAUACACUUAACUGCAAAUCGCUUAUCAAUAUCAGCUAGAAAAAAGAGAUUUGUCAAAAAAUUGAAUGAAUUGCCCUUAUAUGCACAAGUUCUCAUUUGGUCUGUCAUAAUCUUGGGCAUAAGUUUUAUCAAAUUUGAGAAAUCAAACUACAUUGGGUUGAUUAAGAGAUUUGGAAGGUUGUCUUAUGCUUUGAUUCCCUUUAACAUUUUUUUGACACUUAAACCAUCUCCUCUACCAAAAUUGAACUACCUAAAUUUAACAAAUUUACACAAAUGGAUCUCAAGGUUGAUUAUUUUUUUUUCAAUAGCUCAUGGAGUUGGUUAUUUUGUCAAAUGGUCAAUGGAAAAACUGUUUAUCGCAAAGAAUUUCAAGUUUUUAAAUUUCUUGGGUUUCAUAACUUUUAUAUUGUUUUCUCUUGUUUUGACAAUAUCGUUGAAACCAAUUAGAUCCAGGUUUUAUGAUUUGUUCUAUAUCUUCCAUUAUUUAGUCGCUUGGAUAACAUUGAUAUUGAUUUCGUUCCAUGCAAGACCUGGUGUGAAUAUUUAUUCGGCUAUUGCAAUUAUUUUAUUGCUUUAUCAAUCACUACACAAAUAUUUUAUGUCAAAUUUAAUUACAAACACUUCCAAUGAAAUCACAAUCAAGAAAAACGAAAAAUCCAAUUUGAUUCUAGUUUACAUCAAUAAUUCGGUUUUAAAUUGGCAAUGGAUACCUGGUUCGCAUAUAAGAUUUGCAAAUAGCUUUAAAAAAAAUCCUUUUAAUUUGUUUGCUCCAUCUCAUCCUUAUACAAUUUCAUCUAAUAAAGAGAUUGUGCUAAUUAUUAAAAAAACCAAAUUUGAAAUUGAUUUGAAUAAAAACUAUUCACUAUUGGGCCCAUAUUCUUCAAUUCAUGAUUCCUUCUUUAAUAAAGUCAAGCAAAGCGUAAUUGUUUGUGGAGGCUCCGGCAUCUCAUUUGGAUUACCAAUCUAUCAGUAUUUACUUCAAAAAAACAAAUACGAUCUACUCCAUACCAAAGGUUUUAAUAUUAAAUUUAUUUGGGUGAUAAGAAACAAAAAUGAUAUUUAUGUAUUAAAAGAAUUAGGUUUAUUGAAACAAAAUAAAAAGUUUAAUGUUAAUAUUUAUAUCACCGGACAAAAUUCUUCUUUUGGUAAUAACGAAGACAACUUUAACAAAAACAUUAUUCAUUCAAAUAACAAUGAUAUCAAUAAUAUUAGUAGUCCUAAAAAACAAUCAUUUUUAAAAAUGUCAAUGAGAGGAAUACAGACUAUAAGAACCAUUGCGUCAAGUAUUAAUUACAACAGCUACAAAAAGUUAUCAGAUUCACAUAGAAUUGACGAAGGUGAUUUGGAAGAAAUUGAUCUUGAUGAAUUUAAUAUUGAAGAUGAAUUGUUAAAAGGUUCUAAAAACAAUAACAAAAAAAGAGGUAAAUGGAAAAGUGAAAAUGAAAAUGUUCCACUGUUUAGCUUAAGUACUCCUGAAGAUAUUGAAAGUCAAAGUGGUAUUUCAAGCCCCAUCAAUGGGAAUUUUGGAUUUAGUGAAGACGAAAACGAAGAUGAAGAUGAUGACAAUUUUCAUAAGUAUGAAAAUCAGCCAAUUGAUGAAAAACCUAUUAAAGUUCAUUAUGGAAGACCAAAUCUAAAUGUCUGCUUGGGUCAACUUUUAGAUGAUCCCGAAAGUCCCAGUAGUUCUAAUGAUGCAAAUAUCAUCAGUGAUAUAGAAUAUAAUGGGAAAUGGAUAAUUUCGUGUGGACCAAAAUCAUUGAAUAGCGAUUUUAAACAAUGGGCCAAAAGGCAUGAUAUUGGAUUUGUAAGUGAACAAUACUCUAUGUAAAAAUAUAUAGACCAAGUAGACGGUAUAAAUGGUCUAAAAGAUUAAAAAAAGAAAAAAAGAAAAAAAGAAAAAAAAAAGGCAUAUAUGAUAUGAAAAUGGGUAUUGAAAGUUUUUUUUAGUUUGUUUUUUGUAUUUGUUUUCGUUUAAAUUUUUAUUUAUUGCUAUUAAUUGGUAUUAAUUUUUAUUAUUUUGGUCUAAUGAUUUUUGGUUUCUAACAUGAGCAGCUCUAUUAUUAAAAGCUCUAAGCAUUAUCUGAGUGACAGAUUGUGCAAAAAGUUUGCUAACCAUAUUAUAAAUAUUAUUUUUGAAUUUAUAUUCUAGAAUUAAAUUGAUUUCGCAUUUGUUUGAAUUGU